GCUCCACCUCCAUCGUCUGCCGCUCCCAGCCUCUUCGCCUCGUCUCUUCGCACUCUUGCACUCGCCAUGGCCGCGCCGCCGCCCGUGUGCGAGACGGAUGCACACGCGCCGCACCCGCCGCCGCCCGUGCUCGCCUCCACUGCAGCACACGACGCCCUCGCCUCGGGCUCCUCCUCCUCGGCCCCCACCGAGGGCCGCCGGAAACGCAUCGACAAGCGCAGUGCAGACUAUGUCAUACGCAGCGGCAUUGCCGGCGGCGUGGCCGGAUGCGUGGCCAAGACAGCCAUCGCCCCGCUCGACCGCGUCAAGAUUCUCUUCCAGGCGCAGAACCCCGAGUUCCAGAAGUACAGCGGGCGCUGGACGGGUGUCUUUACGGCCGCCGCCAGCAUCGUCUCGACGCAGGGCCCCGCUGCGCUCUUUCAGGGACACUCUGCGACGCUGCUGCGCAUCUUCCCGUACGCGGCCAUCAAGUAUAUGGCGUACGAUAAACUGCAUUUCGCGCUCAUGCCGACGCCCGAGGCCGAGACAUCGGCAAGGCUCUUCCUCGCCGGCUCGUGCUCGGGCGUGCUGAGCGUCUUCAUGACCUAUCCGCUCGAGCUCAUCCGCGUGCGGUUAGCGUUCGAGACGAAGCGCAAGCGGCAGUCGGGCUCGUUGGGGCGCAUUGUGCGCCAGAUCUACCGCGAGGGCAGCACCGAGGCGCCCUUCUCUGGCGAUGCGCGGCGACGCGCCGGGCGGGCAGCGGGCAAGGCGGCUAUGCCCGCCAGUGCCGGCCUCACGACGAGCGCCGUGCAGGCACAGGCCAUCGCAGCGGGCGCUACGGCCGCAUCUCCUGUGCCGCCGGCACCACCAGGGCCGGCGGUACAGGCUGCCGGCGCGCUGCUGGCCAAGUGGCCCAUCCUCAAGUUCUACCGCGGCUUCAGCGUCACCGUCAUGGGCAUGAUCCCGUACGCCGGCACGUCGUUCCUCGUCUUUGGACGCUGCAAGACGCUGCUGCAGAGCGCCUUUCCGCAGCCUACUGCCACCGACUCGCGCGAGCUGGCGGCCCGGAGGCAGUGGUGGUGGCCCAGCAAGACGGUCAUCGACCUCUCGGCGGGCGCGCUGGCGGGCGCCAUCAGCCAGACGGCCGCGUACCCAUUCGAGGUGGUUCGCCGCCGCCAGCAGGUCGGCGGCAUCAUCCGGCCGGGCAGCAUGCUCGGCAUGAACGAGACGGCGCUGUGGAUCUGGCGCACGAGCGGCUGGCGCGGCUUCUAUGUGGGCCUCAGCAUUGGCUUCCUCAAGGUCGUGCCCAUGACGAGUAUCUCCUUUGCCGUCUGGAUGGGCAUGAAACGACAGAUGGGCAUCUAGGCUUGCAGCAGCAGCGCAUCGACGCCUUUACACCUCAACACGACUGCGGCCCGCAUCUGCUGCUCGUCACGCACGCAUAUCCUCUUUCCUCCUAAUGCCACGCAUCGCACCUUGGGCGCCGAC